GUCUGUCAUUACCGACAUCACCACUUUUGACGAUUAUUUGUUGCGUCCUUGUGCAUGCUGUGUAUUUUUGUCUUGCAUAAUCGUUAUUAUCUUCUAUAAGAUGGUUGACAGUUACUAGCUGAUAACGGACUAUACCAAUCGCAAUUAUCGUUGGCAGAGAGGGGAGCGUAUAUUCCAGUAUACUCCAGUUCGUCUCUCAUUUUUACGCUCGCGAUUAUCGUGCCGGCAAGCAGUGGCAAGUACCAACAUGUCUCUCUGUCUUCUCGCCGCAAGAGCUUCAGCAGCAGUAUCACAGGUAGGAUCACGUCUACUGUCAUCUAUGGCUCAGGCUCUGCAAACUCACGAGGUCAUACCAGAUGUGGUAGACAAGGUGCCUGCUGAUGUACUGAAUGUCAGCUAUCCCAACAAUCUUACUGUGGAAAUUGGAAAGGUACUUACUCCAACUCAAGUCAAAGAUCAGCCUAACGUUCAAUGGAGUGGCGAAGCCAAUACAUUUUACACCUUGUGCAUGACUGAUCCUGAUGCACCAAGCAGGAAGGAGCCCAAAUUCCGCGAAUGGCACCACUGGUUGGUCGGCAAUAUUCCUGGAUCAGAUGUGUCCAAGGGAGAGGUUCUGUCUGAAUAUGUUGGUUCUGGUCCUCCGCAAGGUACCGGUCUUCACCGAUAUGUAUUCCUGUUGUACAAGCAAUCCGGCAAGCUGACGUUUGACGAGAAGCGCUUGACCAAUCGUAGCGGCGACAACCGUGGCAAAUUUUCUAUUAAAAACUUCGCUGCUAAGUAUAAGCUCGGUGAUCCGAUUGCUGGUAACAUGUAUCAGGCAGAAUGGGAUGAUUACGUGCCGAUUCUCUACAAACAGCUUAGUGGUUAAGGAUUUAUAUACAGAGAGAGUGUGUAAUAUAAAUCCUUAUUAUAUAUUAUUUAUAUAUCUACAAUUAAAUAUAUAUGUAUAAUGAUGUAUAUCCAACAACUUGUUGAAUAAAUGCGUUUCAAGCAUUCUUUUUAACACAA